AUGAGGAAAGAAUUAAGGAAGGUACUGAUUGCCAAUCGAGGAGAGAUCGCCAUCCGCAUUAUCCGUGCCUGUCACGAUUACGGCGUGAAAUCAGUUGCUGUGUAUUCAGACCUGGAUGUGGACUCUCUGUUUGUGCGACUAGCCGAUGAGGCCUAUGGGCUGAAGGGCGUUCAAACAGUCGAUACCUAUCUUAAUAUCGUCAAGCUUAUUGAUGUGGCGAAACACUCUGGGGCAGAUGCCAUUCAUCCCGGAUACGGGUUUUUAUCGGAGCGGGCGGAAUUCGCCCAGGCAGUCAUCGAUGCAGGGUUAACCUGGAUUGGGCCUGACCCAAAUGUGAUCGAGGCGCUUGGGGACAAGGUCGAGGCACGACGUAUUGCGUUACGCGUGGGUGCACCGCUUGUAGCGGGCAGCGAUGGCCCCGUGUCGACAGCAAAAGAAGUGGCGGCCUUUGCACGACAACAUGGCCUACCGAUUGCGAUCAAGGCUGCCCAUGGAGGCGGUGGUCGCGGUCUGAAGGUCGCUUGGACAAUUGAUGAGGUAACUGAGUGCUAUGAAUCUGCCGUGAGGGAAGCGACGGCGGCCUUUGGACGGGGAGAAUGCUUCAUAGAGCGCUUCCUCCACCGUCCGCGGCAUAUCGAGGCUCAGAUUCUAGCUGACAAGCAUGGUAACGUGGUGGUGGUCGGGACGCGCGAUUGCUCCAUACAAAGGCGUCACCAAAAGCUGAUCGAAGAAGCGCCGGCUCCAUUUCUGACCGUGGAGCAGCAGGAGAAAAUUCACAACGCUGCUCAGUCGAUCUGUUCCGCGGCUGGCUAUUCAGGUGCAGGAACGGUGGAGUUUCUCCUCGGAGUUGACGGUAGUAUCUCGUUCCUAGAGGUCAAUACCCGACUACAAGUUGAGCAUCCCGUGACGGAGGAGACGACAGGACUUGACUUAGUCGUGGAGCAGUUCCGUAUUGCUGAGGGACUUCCGCUAAAACUCUCAUCUCCCAUUCCUGCCCGGGGUCAUUCCAUCGAAUUCCGUAUCAAUGCAGAAGACCCCGGUCGAGGGUUCCUACCAACCCCUGGACAGAUCACGACGUUUCAACCUCCUUCAGGGCCUGGUAUCCGUCUCGACAGCGGUGUUGUCCAAGGCUCAACGAUUCCGGCGGUUUACGACUCCCUGAUGGCAAAGUUGAUUGUCUCUGGCGGAACCCGUGAGCAGGCACUGCGUCGCGCUCGGCGUGCGCUGAGAGAGUUCCAAAUCAACGGGGUAGCGACCGUUCUACCCUUCCACAUCGAGACGCUUAACUCGGGCGACUUUCUGGGUACCAAUGGCUUUAAUGUGCACACGCGCUGGGUAGAGACCGACUUCGCCGCGACACUGGCCCCCCCCUCACGGCCGGACCCCGUACCCGAACUGGAUCUCAUUCGGACUCAUCUGGAAAUUGAUGGCAAACUGGUCUCUGUGGGCCUACCCAGCAUGCUCCUGAGUGGAAUUGGCUCCAUGGCAGCCGGCUCUCCAGCGAAUACCAAGGAAGACCAAGCAAAGAAAGACAACGGAGACAUUUUGGCACCGGUUUCUGGAACACUUCGAGCCUUUAAGGUUACUGACGGUGCCUCUGUUCGUAAGGGUGAUUUACUAGCUGUGAUGGAGGCUAUGAAAAUGGAGACACAAGUUACGGCACCGAGAGAUGGCGUUGUCCGUCUUCUCACCAAAGAGGGUGAAUAUGUCCAAGCAGGUGGCUUAUUACUUACGUUUGAACAAGAACACCUUAUGUUCAAUAACUAA